UUUACGCCUGCAACACCUGUACAGUAUAUAAAGAGCUGCACGAAGUGUAGUAUCACCAUGCAGCAAAACUCAUCUACAGCAUUUACCUGUUCAUCAUGAUGAAGCUGAUCCUUUCUCUGACUCUCAUCUGGGCGCUCUCCAGCACAGCUGGAGCACUUCAGUGUCAAACUUGCAUAGAUGAGCUGUGUUCAAGACUGGUAUCAUUUAAAUGUUUCACAGCGACAGAGUUGUGUCUAUCAGUUUCCAUUCAAGCCACUUUAUUUGGAAACGCAGUCCAGCAAAUCUUGAAGGCUUGUGCACCGCCCUCCCUGUGUCCGGCCACAGGCUCUCAAAAUAUUUCAGCCAGCUUAGGUUUUGUGAAUGGAGUUGCAUCUGUUCAGUGCUGCAACACGGAUAACUGCAACAACGAAACAACUCCAGCUUUCCCAGUGGCACAGACAACUAACAACAUGGUGUGUUACACUUGUAACCCCGGCACCUCUCAAUGCACCACCCCAGUAGUAUGUAAGGGAGAGGAGGACCGCUGCUUUCAAGCAAGUGUGAUAAAUGGGUCCAGCACUUCUCCAGUCUUUGGCUGUGCAUCUUCAAACCUGUGUACAGCUGCUGCCAGCCUGGGUAACCUACCUUUUGUACAAGGUAUUGGUGACUUCACCAGCAGUGGACCAUCCUGUUGUAACACCUCAUUGUGUAAUACUGUUACAACAACAACAACAAGCGACGCCUGCCGUAUCAGACUGGCUAUGAUCCUUCUGAUGCUCGGACUCCUUAUCUUAACCCUCUUUUAGAACACCGACAAAAUGGAGGAAGCACCUUUGAAGCCAGCAGAAUGAGUUCUUUUGAAGCCUGUAGUUGGGUUUAUUGCUCACUGACAUCUUUAGCUGGGAGUUACAGGGGCUAGAAAAAUCACAUUUAGGGAAAAGGGGGUUUUUGGGUGAAUCUUAAGUGGGAUAAUUAAGCAGCAAUGCAGUAGACUUUUUUCACAGCAGUCAUUUUGACAUGAAAUAGUAGGGUAAACACAGGUGUUACCAAUGAUACUAAUUAAGGUUCUGUUCAGAUUAAACAGAGUCAGGUUGCUGCUAUUGUGCAUGUUGUCACUGGAAAGGUUCUGCUGCACUAAAUGGAACCUUAAUUAGUAUCAAUGGCAACACACGUGUUUACCCUACUAUUUCAUGUAAAAAUGGCUGCUGUGAAAAAUGUCUAUUGUCAGGCACUAAGAUGCAUGAACUUUUUCACAGCUUUAAUUUGAUUUGAUUUUUCUUACUGUGUGUAUUUUAACUGGAUUCAAUGUUUUUUUGCAAAUUGUACAAAUAUAAUACACUUUAAAAAAAUUUGUUGGACCUUUUGUUCUCUGGUGACUUUAAUGUAGUAUCUCAAUAGUUGUUGGGGUGAAAUUGCAGAUUGCAAGCAGCUGAAUAAUCCCUUACAUUCCAAGCAUGUAGGAGAAAAUAAUAAAUCUAUCUAGUGCCAGUGUUUUGUUUGUGGAAACAUACAAGAGGACCCGCUCCCUCUGUAGAUAAAAACGUCUCAUUCUAAGGUAACAAAAAUGCAUAAAGCAACAUUCUCUUAACUAAUAUUUUCUCAUAUAUAAGAGAAAGUAUAAGAGAAAAAUGCUAUUAGCAACGUUAAUGCCCUUUUAGACACUAUCAAAGGCUAUUCAUAUCAUCAUUUACGGAGUGUACAGGUGGUUUCCAGUUUCACAACAUUCCAGCAUAAUGAAAAACGAAAGCACAUGCGAAGUAGGUGACAUGAUCAAUGGCUUUUGUAUCAAGAAAAAUCUUGUCUUAUCUUUUUUCUUUUGUCAUGAGUUCACUGAUGCAUCGAAUACAACAACAAAGAUAUGAAUUAAACAUUUGCUGGUGUGUA